ACUUUCCUGUCAAACACAGAGCGCUGCUAUCAGGCUUCAAAAACUGCACGACAAGAUGACGACUAAAUCUGGUGUGAGUGGCAGUAAGAUGUUUGUAGAUAACAGUAAAAAGAGAACUGUGUUAAAAGACAACAGCUGGAUCAGACGAGCUGCAGAAGAAGAUGAACCUGUCGAUGAUGAUCCUAACUUUGGUAAAGCUGUUCUGGGUCGCCUGAAAUCAGUGGAUGAUGCUGACAGUAAGCCAGUGGAGACCAACCAGACCCCUCCAGUGAACUCUGGGACACCUGUCAGCUCCUUAACCAAGAAAUUUGAUGGCAGUCAGGAUCUGCUCAAUAAAAGCAGCAUCAACACAACAAAUAGUAAAAACACUGUGAGCACCCCGACAUCACCUGCUAAACCACUGGUGCCAGCCAAGAAUCCAGCGCUCAAGAUGUCACCAAACCCGUCCAGCUUCACCGCUCGAGUGUUUUCAGGUGCAAACACAAGCAACAAAACGUUAAGUCCCAUUAAAAGAUCGUUCGGUGAGAAGUUUCCAGAGGCUACAGUGCCACAAACUGCCAAUGGACUAAAUAAGACCACCAGUGCUGGACCUUCCUCAGUGGCCCCGACAGCUGCGGUUGAACACAAUGUGCCGUCAUCUCCUGAACCCUCAACCUCCAUCACGUCCUCUCACACUGUAAAGAAUGCUUUGAUCACAACACCUGUGAAUCAACCAGCUGUUAAGAUCUCCACCAGUAAUGGAUCCGUGUCACCCUCAACUAAAUCCUCUGUACCGGCAUCACCUGCUCCACAAACUGCACCUAAACCACCGUCACCAGCUCCCUCAACAACACUCAACACAUCUUCCACUGUAAAGAGUGACCUGACCACAAGCCGUGUGAUUCAACCAGCGUUUAAAACUUCAACCAGAAAUGAAAUCAUGUCCUCCUCUUCGAUGGUGCCAACCUCCUCAAACACUUUUUCUAAAACGACCAUCACAGACAUCCAAACAUCCUCUCCGAUGCUGGAAGAGACUCGAACUAUAAAACCUUCAGAGAGAAACUUAAUGCUCAGUGAUGUCAGCGCUUCAUCAACAUACACAUCACGGAGCAGUGUUCAGAAUCACAGUGCUCCACUGGAUGAUCUUGCUGACACAUUAUUCCCAACACUGUCUGGAACUGUCCAAUCACAACCCGUCAAAUCACAAACUCAAGUGAAGUUCAUUGAUGAUCAGAUUCCUGCUGCAUCACAAACGCUGUAUUCACCUGUACAAACAACACUGAGACAGUCCAGCAUUAACAGGUCUGUUAGUAGCCGAGAUGUUUGUACAGUGUGUGGUAAACCCAUCGCUGGAGCUCCAAGAAUGAUUCUAGAAGAUCUCAACAUUUUCAGUCACACGUCCUGCUUCAGGUGUUCUGUAUGUAACUGUGUUCUUGGGAAUCUGGAGGCAGGAAAGAGUCUGUGGGUUCAUCGGGACAGAGUAAACUGCUUGACAUGUUAUAGUAAAAUCAAAGGUCAGUGGUAUGCUUGAACGCUGGAUAUGAAUCUAAACGGAGAUCAUGUGACUGACCUACUUAAACAGAGUUUGUUUUAAAUUGAUCAAAAUAUUUGUUGCUAUUUAUAAUAAACAUGUUACAGAUUAGAAAGUGAUCUUCAGAUUAUUAAUGGGCAAAGCAUUAAUUAUUCAUGAGAAUAUACAGUAUAUAGCAAUACACAUGUAGUCUGUUCUCUUAAUUUCAAAAUGUCAUGUUCAUGAAUGUUAUAUAAGUAGUGUAUAAAUUAUAUCCUCAUAAUAAUGUAUUCAGUUUCUGUAUGACAGGUGAAUGUUUUAAUCCAUUGCAUAAAUAAAUGACAUACAGCAUUCUCACCAAUCAUAUAAAUGUUGACAGCAGAUAUCAUAUGAACUUUCUGUAUUAUGAUACUCUAAUAUGGUACUAAACAUUUACACUGUCUGUAGUGUGAUCUAAUACAAACACAAACAGAAGGGAUUGUAAAUCACAAGCCACAGGAAAUAAAAAAUGAAAACAGAAUAAUCACAAUUAUAGAUUAAAAAUCAAAUGCUUGCAGUGUUAUUAAAGGAUUUAUUGAAGAUAGUUGUUUUGUUUACUCUAGUGUGUAUUUUAAUGUGUGAUACAUGUUGAAUAAACAAAUGA